UCCGUUAACAGGGGAGCUCUGUGCAUUUGUUAGACGUCUUGGCUGCUUGCCCAACUUGGCUCAUUGUAAUCAAGGCAUGAUCGUCGACUCCAGGCAGCCCUCUCCGCCGCCUCGGCUGCCUAGUGCUUGGACCCAGCCUAGCUUUCACCACUGACAUGGAAAGACCCACCCCCAGUGACAUGAUGCCCAAGAGGGAUCAUGAGAGGGACGUGGAGCUGGACAAGAAGAUCGAGGCCCUUCGCAGGAAGAAUGAAGCGCUCAUGAAGAGAUACCAGGAGGUGGAGGAAGACAGGAAGAGGGCAGAGGAGGAAGGAAUGGCACUGCAGAGCCGCAAGGGCAAAGCUGAUGACCUUACCAUCACUAUCAGCAAGUCCACUAGUGACACUCGUGUGGUGGUGACCAAGCUGAGCAGUGGAGGUUCGUCCAGUGGGAAGGUUCAGCAGGACGUAGGGCCUGAUGGGGGAGACGGCCCUCAGCUGGGCCUGGGCCGAGGCCGCCGGAAACAGCUAACAGUCACCAUGGCUGGAAAAAAGGGUAAAAGGGUGGUGAGUGAGAAGACAGAGCGGAGGCCGGGCCCUGUGGAUUUUAAGAAUUCGACUGAUGAUGGACAGGCGAGGCGUGUGGAGUCAGCAGGGAGAGGCAAGCAGCCAACUCACAUGACCAAGAGAGACACAGCAGCACAGGAAGAGGUCAGACAAGCGCAGAAACAAACUGAGGAGCACCACAGGCCUUCAGAGCAUGACCAGGAGUUUGAGAGUCAGCAGGCGGGCACUGACCUUACCAUUCCUACAUCGAUAGAGGAGCAGGAAGAGUAUCUGCGCUGGAAGCGGGAGCGGGAGCAGAUUGACAGGGAGCGGGUGGCAAGACACAAGAAUGCCAAGGGCCAGUGGAGGCGAGCAUGGGACAUGGACAAGACGGAGAACAUGUUUUCAGACAAAUCCCUUGCAGAGAGAGACCGAGGCCCUUCCAGCAGAGGUGGACGAAAUGCAAGAAGAGGGCACCCCAGGUCGAAUGCUGACUCACGAGGUCAUGACAUACGAGGCAAAGAGAAGGGGGCUAAAAAUGUGCCAGUCGUGAGCAGUAAGGCUAAGGGCAAGGACCGUCUGACUGGCAGGGCGAGGAGAUGGGGUGCGAAUGAGGAAGAGGCGGCACACUUACAGACCUCUGAGACAACAUUGGAAGAAUUCUUGGAGCAACUUGAUGCCUUGACCGACGCCGAGGUGGAAGAUCACAAACAUCAUGACCCAAAAACGGAGACGUCAGAAAUCCCUGACACGCCGAAUAAGUCUGAUGAAGCGGUCAGCAGCUGUGACUCUGUGGGUGUAGAAACAAGCAGCAGAUCCACGGGUCUCGUGCCAGCUGCAAACCCGGGAGAGGACGCUCGCACACAAGGGAAGGCAGAGGCCUCGUCCCCUCGAGCUUCAGAAAAGAAAGUGCGCUUCUCAGAGGAACUGAUCCAGGGGGCAAGGCACAGCGCAAGCACAGGCGCUCAGGACUCUGCCUGCGCAGAAUCCAGAGGACAGAGCUCAUUAAAAGCUUCCCCACCCAGCAAACUCAAACAUGAAGAGCAGGAGCAUCUCGAAAGUGCCAAGGAGGAUAAUUGCAGUACUGAAGACCAGGGGGAACCAUCUGCUCCUGUUGCCCAGCAGCAGCAGGUCCCCGAAGCUCUUACUGCUUCUGAAACUGCAUGUACUAAAAAAGACACCGUACCCCCCACUAUUCCCAGCUCUCCCCCUGUUGAAAAGGCCAGUGCCUCUCCACAGGAGGACUCUGUCCAGCAUGGAGAGAUUGCCAAGUGCAAUAUCAGCAACACAAACACAGAGGAGCUAAUAGACUCCAAUCUCUCUGUCCUGAGCCUGGAGUCAGGAGAAACACAUCCAGUAAACAGCACCAGCAGCGACAAGGCAAGAGAGAAUGGAAAGAUUGUCUGAAGGACGUGUUGAAGAUGGACAUCAUGCGUGAGAAAUACUGAAACCAAAACACAGUGAGAUAGAUCUCUGCCUUUCUGUAGUUUGAUACUGCAUUUGCUUCCAGUAGCUCAUUUGAGAUACUCCGUUAAUGGCUGACACAUGAAGCUGUGUUUUAAUUGUGCCGUGCUGUGUCCCACUUGUCGAACACAGUUAUUCCUUAGCAAAGUCAGAACACUUUGUUUUUUCGAGUAUUUAAGAGUUCACGUAGGGAUGGUGAGAAGUGUUUUUCUGAGCAUUUUCCUUGCUCAAAUCCUUUGCGUCCAAGCACUUUAUGAGUAUUAAAAUUAUGAGUAUUGGCACAUUAUUCAGUAUGUUAGCAUGCUGUUUAAUUGCAAGCUCACUGAAUGUCUGUCUCUGUUUACAUCUGUAUGAAGAUUUCAAGGUACAUAUCAGGAGGCUAGCGAAUCAACUUACGUGGCAGCCCUUGACAAUAAACUUCAGCCACAGUCAAAUUAUCUUGUGGCUGAUUCUGCCUUAGGGAUAUUUUGAAUACUGAAAUGUAAUUUGCAUUACAUGCUCAUAGUUAUAAACCUAGAGUUGGUGUAACUACACUCAAAAUUGUGUAAAAAGAUAUUAUUUAUCAACUGCUUCCAGCAUCAUUUAGUCAAUGGCCUUUCAUGAAUCAGCAUUCAAAGUGCAUUACUAAAAAGCACAUUAAAGACUCAGAAAGUCCUUUCUUAGUGGCCACUGAACACGGCUAUAAGCUUCCAAAACAUUAUUACUGACUAAAAUGUUAUUGUUUUGGAAAGAAUGGGAUGCUAUUGAAAGUCAGUGGGGUACAACCAGGUUUUGGUAAGUUAUCAGCAAUAAAACUUGAUUUUAAGAGGCAUUAGGAUUGUCACCAGCUCACAGCAGGCUGAUGGCAUUUUCUCCAAACAUACAUUACUGGCAUGAGAAGCAUUUUGGAUGUCCUAAAAAAAAUUCUUGUUAAGUGAUCAAUAAAACAGUAGACUUAAAAAUCAAGCCUGCCCUUGAACACGCAGUUAUUUUGCUCCAUAAAACCUGUGUAGUUUAAAAUUAAGAUUCUUUUCAAGAAAGUUUACAAGGGCCUCAUUCACAGUUCAAAGCAUAAAAUACAUGAAUUUGUGUAUGACUAAUGUGAUUUGUCAAAAUUUUGGAAGAAAAUGAUUACUCAUGACGCUCUAAUGGAGUAACACUUGGAGUAUAAACCUGUGCAGGCCAUUUAUUUUUAUUUUUUGGAGCUUGAGGAUUUAUUAAUUACAUGGUUUGACAUUCUCUUUGCAUUCAUCACUCAUACUUUUUUUUUUCUAAUACAACCCAGAUGCUGAAUUGCUGAUGCUGCAUUUGCACAGCCAACUUAAAUAUUCCUGGUUUAGUAGGGUGGAAUGGUCUUGAACGUUUUUUCUUAAUUCAGACCCUUGACCCAUUUUGGACUGCUGAGAAAUUGGAAAUACAUCAGUCCACAGUCCAGACAUUGGGAUUCAGCUGUAAUUCCCACCGGAAAUGUCAUGUCCUGUUUUAUAUUAGUGAGUGACAACUAAUACGUUUUAAAGGCUUCCUCUUUGAGAAUUUAGUCAGUUGCUGUGCCUUGCAUAUUAGGUUAUUCAAUACUGAAGAUGUACCUCUUUAUUUCAUGGUUUAUUAUAAGAUAGUGUACAUGUACUGUACUAACAGAGUUUGCACAGUGCAUCAUUAUUGCUGAUUUUAUUUAUUUGCCUCUCCAUUUGGACAAGUGAAUGUUAACUAGUUUAAUUCUGCAAAGCUAAAUCACUUUUGAGACAAUGUUUAUGUGCAUUAGUGACUGUUUUUUUCUGUAAAAUUAAUGGAUUUCUUUUUUAUUUAUUACUAUUUUAUGUUAUCUCACUUUGGUAUCGAGUUUGGUAACAAGUAGAGCCUCAUAACAUACAGAGCUGUAAUUGUAAGUAGAGAACAUAGUGGACAUCCUCUGCCAGGUCCCAUAAUCUGCAGUUAAGAAAGAAAGAACCAGUCAGAGGGGCUGAGGCCAUUCCAGCUGUCAACACCCAAAAUUUAGUGUUCUUUUGAACUAUGGCCUUAUUUUAUAUAAGGAAUGACAUGAUAUAGGAAAUGCUCUUUUGUUUGAAAAAUUAAAUAGUUCAUCAGUUCACGUGAUUUACUGAUUUGCUUUAAAGUGUUUCUUAAUCCUUCUGGGAUUCAAUCAGUGAAGUUCUAAUCUGGAAUACAGAGUGGAAUAGGCCUCAGCCGUGCUGCUGUUGGGAAGCUCCUCCCCUGUUCAUUUUCAGCACACAGUAAUUAUUGUUGUUGGUGUGUUUCAGUAAUUAAUUUGCUGGUUCAAGGGUUAUUAGACGUCUGCAUCAUCACCGUGCUUCAUGAUAAAUAUGACAAGUGAUUGUGUUGCUCCCCUGGGUGUCCACCACUGUCCUCCAUGUUCUCAUACACUGUAGGAAUCUGGGAAGGAACAAGUGUGUAUGAGUGAGUGAGCGAGUGUGUGUGUGUGUGUGUGUGUGUGUGUGUGUGUGUGUGUGUGUGUGUGUGUGUGUGCGCGUGUUUGUUGUGUAUCGAGGUGUGUUUGCAGCUUUUUAUUGUUCAGGAAAGCUCCUGUGUGCAACAGAACUAAUUGUAAAACAAUUGGAAGG